ACUUCGUUCAAAACAAAACCGACCCGAAAGUAUUUAGUUUAUUUACAUUGUUUUGCUAUAUAGGCUAUCGAUGGUAGCCCACACAGCUCCUCUCAGGGUCAGAAUCCGCCUUUUGAUUAACGUCGACCUUGCAGCACCUCUUGCAUUUUAACGAGCAGUUGUGACGACCAUGGUUAUGAAUAAAACAUCACAUUACAGUUGGUCAAGGCAGAGGUUGUGAGGCUGUGCAGCGUGGCGUGUCUCACUCAGGCUGGCAUCGCAUUCACACACACUCGCACUGCAGUGGUGCAUCGCUUUCCUCUGAUUCUCGACUAGUCCUCUGCGCUCUGUUACCAUUACACACUGUCGCUGGCGUUAUUGCUCUGUAGAACGGAGAAACCAGCCAAUGUUCAACUCAAGUGUCCGCGGAAGGGAAGGGAGAACGGAUUUUGUGGCUGGAGGAAAGCUGUCAUGAGAAAAAGCACGCGAAGGAAACAUAUCACACACCGGCGAGGAGUGCGGACGCGAGCGGAGGAAGGUGGGACGGAAAGUAAAAGAUAAACAAGGCAUACAGUCCUUCUGCCACAAUGUUUAAGAACAGCUUGAAAAUGCUUCUGACGGGGGGGAAAUCCAACAGGAAGAGCCGAAACAGCAGCGAUGGCGGGAACGAGGAUACCAUAGACCUGCAGAGCACCAGCUUGGAUACCCUUCACAACUUCUCUGGACAAGGUGGCAGUAUAGACAGUGACUGUGCCUUUGAAGGGGACUAUGCUGUUCCUCCGCUUUCGAUGGCUGAGGGGCUGCAGCACAUCCGUAUCAUGGAGGUAUCGUCCCGAUCUCUGCCGUCAUCACCGCUGCUCAUCCACCAGACCUCCAGACCUCUGCCGUCCGCGAGGAAGGUGUUCGGUAUGGCCACAGGGGGGUUAGGUCCAGAACUCGGCCCCCCUCCCUCAGUGGACGAGGCAGCAGACACGUUGAUGACUCGUCUUGGCUUCCUACUCGGAGAAAAAGUGAGCGAGGGGUCUCGAGGGCCGCAGUACAGCAUGGAGGAGCCCGAUGACGCACAGGGUUUAGGAGCCAGCGGGAGGAUGAGUCCGUGCUCCACCCUGACCAGCAGCACCGCCUCUCCUCCGGCCUGCAGUCCCUGCUCCACUCUCCCCUCCGCUCCGGGACAGCCCGUCACCAGCCCCUCGUCCACCCUGGAGAGCAGAGACAGCGGCAUUAUCGCCACCCUGACCAGUUACUCGGACCCGGCGGACAGGGGCGGGAAACACGGCGACGGCUCUCGAGGCAGCAGCCUGAAGCUCUGGCACUCACACAGAUCCACACUGGACUCCAGCCUGUACCGAGUGGACGAGAACAUGGCCGCCUCCACCUACAGCCUCAACAAGAUCCCUGAGCCAGGCUCCGCCCACUAUUCCUCUCACCCCACCCCACUCUACCUCAUGCCCCGCCCUAACUCAGUGGCAGCCACCAGUUCGGCCCACCUGGAGGACUUGGCCUAUUUGGAUGAGCAGAGACACGCGCCCCUGCGCACCUCCCUGCGGAUGCCCCGCCAGAACUCGUCCUCGGGACGCUCCGGGCAGGACCUGCGAGCUUCCGCUAACAGUCAUGCCUGGCAGUCACAGUCACAGUCACUGCGAUUCGCUCCGUACAGACUGCAGGACAUCGCUCUGAAGCCGCUGCUCUUCGAGGUGCCCAGCAUCACCAUGGACUCAGUGUUCACUGGCCGUGAUUGGCUCUUCCAGGAGAUCGACGCCUACCUCGGCUCCGCCCACUCCGGCACCAAUCGCGGCGUGGUUCUGGUGGGCAACAUCGGCUACGGCAAGACCGCCAUCAUCUCACGCCUCGUGGCGCUCAGCUGCCAUGGCAACCGCAUGCGACAGAUCGCCUCUGACAGCCCGCAGGCCUCGCCGAAACAUGGAGAAGGCAUCCCCCUCACACAACCACAGCCUUCCCAUGGUACACUGGGAGGAGGAAGUUGCCCUGGAACUCCCGAAAUGAGGAGGAGACAGGAGGAGGCCAUGAGGAGGCUUGCGUCACAGGUGGUGGCGUAUCACUACUGUCAGGCGGAUAACGCGUACACCUGCCUGGUGCCAGAGUUUGUGCACAACGUGGCGGCACUGCUGUGUCGUUCGCCACAACUCGCCGCGUACAGAGAGCUGCUGUUGAAAGAGCCGCACAUACAGAGCAUGCUCAGUCUGCGCUCCUGCGUCCAGGACCCCCCCACUGCCUUCAGACGAGGGGUGCUCGAACCUCUGGAGGCGCUUUAUAAAGAGAGGAAGAUCACUCCAGAUGAAGACCUCAUCAUUCUCAUUGAUGGUCUGAAUGAGGCUGAGUUCCACAAACCAGACUAUGGAGACACCAUUGUGUCUUUCCUCUGUAAGACCAUCAACAAGUUUCCAGUCUGGCUCAAACUGGUGGUGACUGUCAGGACCUCGUUGCAGGAAAUCACCAAACCUCUCCCUUUCCACCAAAUCUCUCUGGACGCCCUGGAGGAGAACGACGCCAUCGACCACGAUCUCCAGGGCUACAUCCUCCACCGCAUCCACAGCAGUGCAGAAAUCCAGAACAACAUCUCCCUCAACGGCAAGAUGGACAACACCAGCUUCGGCAAGCUCAGUUCCCACCUCAAGGCCCUCAGCCAGGGCUCUCUUCUCUACCUGAAGCUCACUUUUGACCUGAUCGAACGCGGCUACCUAGUGCUCAAAAGCUCCAACUACAAGGUGGUCCCGGUCAGUCUAGCCGAAGUGUACCUUCUGCAGUGUAACAUGCGCUUCCCAACGCAGUCGUCCUUCGAAAGGGCCCUGCCGUUGCUCAACGUGACCCUGGCUUCCCUGCACCCGCUGACCGACGAGCAGAUCUACCAGGCCAUCAACGCCAGCUCCGUGAAGGGCACGCUGGACUGGGAAGACUUCCAGCAGAGGCUGGAGAACCUGUCGGUGUUCCUGGUGAAGAGGCGGGACGGGACGCGCAUGUUUGUUCACCCUUCCUUUAGAGAAUGGCUCAUAUGGCGAGAGGAGGGAGAGAAGACCAAGUUCCUCUGCGAUCCCAGGAAUGGCCAUACUCUUCUGGCUUUCUGGUUCUCCAGACAAGAAAACAAACUAAAUAGACAGCAGACAAUUGAACUGGGUCACCAUAUACUGAAAGCACACAUAUUCAAGGGCCUGAGUAAGAAGGUUGGGGUUUCGUCAUCCAUCUUGCAAGGACUGUGGGUGUCAUACAGUACAGAGAGUUUAUCUACAGCGCUUUCAUCACUCAGAAACCUUUACACACCUAACAUAAAGGUGUCGCGGCUGCUGAUGUUGGGCGGCGCUAAUGUGAACUAUCGUACGGAGGUGUUGAACAACGCUCCGGUGCUGUGUGUGCACGCUCACCUGGGUUACGCUGACAUGGUGAACCUGCUGCUGGAAUAUGGCGCCAGUGUGGACUCGGCCUCCGAGAGCGGCCUCACUCCUCUGGGAUACGCGGCCGCCGCUGGACACCUGGGGAUAGUUACCGCCCUCUGCAAGAGGAAAGCAAAGCUCGACCACUCGGACAAGCACGGUCAGUGUGCUCUAGUGCACGCCGCUCUUAGGGGGCACCUGGAGGUGGUGAAGUUCCUCAUUCAGAGCGACUGGGGCCAUACACAACUCCAGACCCCGUCCCCUACGCAGUCACAGGACACGCCCUCCCCAACACAGGCCACGCCCUCCCCCACACCACCAGAAGCCACGCCCUCUCCUACUCAGGCCACGCCUCUGGAGUCACAGCCACCCAGCCCUGAGCAGCAGGAGGAUUCGGUGCAGACGCCGCAGGAGUCCGAGCAGAAGGUGGAGGAGCAGGACGAGACUCCGGAAGAGUCGGGACAACAGACACAAGCAGACGCUCAGACGGAGCAACAGACAUCGCCACAGCCUGCGUCCUUCAACAAGAGCCUCGCAGUACAGCAGGCCCUUAUAGCAGCAGCGAGCAUGGGUUACACUGAGAUUGUAUCUUAUCUCUUGGACUUGCCCGAGAGGGAUGAAGAGGACACUCAACGUGCGCAGAUUAACAGCUUUGAUACCCUGUGGGGUGAGACAGCACUGUCAGCAGCGGCGGGGCGAGGAAAGCUGGAUGUCUGUCGGCUGCUGUUGGAGCAGGGCUCUGCUGUGGCUCAGCCCAAUCGGAGAGGGGUGGUGCCGCUCUUCAGCUCUGUGCGUCAAGGGCACUGGCAGAUUGUGGAUCUGUUGGUGUUGCAUGGAGCAGACGUAAACCUGGCUGAUAAACAAGGCCGUACUCCGCUCAUGAUGGCCGCCUCAGAAGGGCACCUGGACACCGUGGAGUUCCUCCUGGCUCAGGGUGCGUCUAUGGAUCUUAUGGAUAAGGAGGGUCUCACUGCGCUCAGCUGGGCAUGUUUGAAAGGACAUCUGUCUGUGGUUCAUUGCUUGGUGGAAAGGGGUGCCGCGACGGACCAUGCUGAUAAAAACGGACGGACGCCUCUCGAUCUGGCCGCCUUUUAUGGAGACUCAGAUGUGGUGCAGUUCCUGGUGGAUCAUGGGGCUUUGAUAGAGCAUGUGGAUUACAGUGGAAUGCGUCCUCUGGACAGGGCAGUCGGCUGCAGAAACACGUCGGUGGUGGUCGCCCUGCUGAAAAAAGGAGCCAAAAUCGGAUGUCAGACACUGCCGAGUCGCCGCAAAGGAGGUCCUGCUACCUGGGCAAUGGCGACGUCUAAACCUGACAUCAUGAUUAUCCUACUGAGUAAACUUUUGGAGGAAGGAGAUGGCUUCUACAAGAAGGGUAAAGUGAAGGAGGCAGCUCAGCGCUACCAGUGUGCCCUGAAGAAAUUUCCCCGUGAAGGAUUAAGUGAGGACCUGAAGACCUUUAAAGAGCUCAAAGUGUCUUUGUUCCUGAACUUGUCUCGCUGUCGGAGGAAAAUGAAUGACUUUGGUAUGGCGGAAGAGUUUGCUACCAAGGCUCUGGAACUGAAACCUAAGUCUUACGAGGCAUACUAUGCUAGAGCCCGUGCCAAGCGUAGCAGCAGGCAAUUCGCUGAAGCGCUAGAAGACCUAAGGGAAGCCAUAAAGUUGUGUCCCAACAAUCGUGAAAUCCAGCGCCUCCUUCAGCGCGUGGACGAAGAGUACAGGCAAGUGACCCAAUCAGAGGAGCCCGAGCUUGAGCCUCCUCCAUCUCCACCACCAUCUCCCUUACCAGUGGAGGAAGACGAGGAGCCCCCUCAUCACACCCCUCCUCCUGAGCCAAGACUGGAUGACAUGGAACCUGUUCAAGACUUGUUUGAGGAUGACGACUUCCUUGAACAAGAGCUGGAAGCGGUGUCAAUCGGUCUUGCCUCUGAUAUUCACUCGAACGCUUCAAGCCUUGCCAUUAUACGUAGUCCACCCCUUUCUCCGACCCAUCAUGACACCGGCUACCUAUCCGGAGGGCAGGCCUUUGAGUUUCACCCGAGCUCCUCCUCCAUGUCGUCUCCUACCCAUCACAGUUACCAGUCCACCUCCCCGUGUAUCUCCCCAACACAUCAGAACUCUCACUACCGCCAGAGUCCACCCCAUACCUCGCCCGCACAUCAGUCCUCCUACCGGUUCAGCCCUCCACCCAUGGGCGGUGGAGGGAACCAGGGCAUGGAGUACCAGAGUCCUCCACCAUCUCCUCUUCGGCGUGGGGGUCCAUUCAGAGCAAGCCCUCCGGUCGAGAGCGUGUGUCUGUAUCGUUCCCAGUCUGGCUCUCCAGUCCGCUACCAGCAGGAGCCUUUACCUAGCCGGCCUAAAUCGCCACUGUUGAAGAUGAGCAGCCAGCGAUCCUUCCAGCUCCAGUCGCAGCCUUCCCAGAGCUCUCAGAGCAGCCAGCACCACCAGAUCCAAGGUCUUCGCCUGCAGCCCUCGAUGGCACAGAUCGUCCGCACCAACCAGCCCAGUAACAGUGUGUACAGCCAGUUGGCGCAUCCACUCAGCAGCAGGUAUCAGGGAUGUUCCAUGGAUGUGGAACGGGAGAGAGACCGGGAGCCAAGACUUGUGUACCAGCCCUCGUUGGAUGGCCGGUCAAUGUCUCAAGUGCAAUCCAGCCUUAGUGUGGGAGCUCUCUGUCAGCACGGGAGCCGAGGUGGGCCUCCCGGGGUCCUGGAGUCAAACCUGGGGAAAGAAGAUCUCCCCCAACGUCCUGCUUCAGCCUACCGCUCGACAACAGGGGGACCUGGAGGCAUGCGUUUCAGCCAAACCCCCCAGAUCAGCCGCAGUCAGUCAGCGGCAUACUACCCUGUCUCCAAGCACGAACUCGAGAGAGCGGUGGCCGCCUCUGCUCUGUCGCCUUGCCAACUGGGCUCUCCGGAGAUCCCGCACCUAGUGCGCAGACCCAUCAGUGCCAAUACAAGUGACCUAAAGCAGCACGUACCGACCCCCAGACCACUGAUCCACUCCCAGAGCGUAAAUCUUCGCUUCUCCCCGUCCAGCAGUAACAUCUCCUCAGGCUCCAGCUGCAAUCUAGCCCCUGGCUUCAGGCCUUCCUCCUCCAUGGCCCAAAUGGAAAUCCCGUUGCAGACCACGUAUGAGCGAAGCUUCGACGAACCAUCUGCCCUCUCACCCUCUCAGAGCGGACUCUACUCGGGUGAACCCGCCCGAUCCCGGGCCACUCCGUUCAUGGGCGUCAUCGACAAGACUGCAAGGACUCAGCAGCAGUACCUUCUCCAGCCUUCCCGGGCCUGGCCCGUUUCAUCCCUGGAAUCGGUCAUCACUAGCCCCACGUCGCCUGGCAACUUGAUCCACCAAGCCUCCACCGCCUCUUCCUACAGCCCACCUACAUCUCUAGGCAAUAUUGCCUACUACAAUAAGACCAAUAAUGCCCAGAAUGGACACUUGCUAGAGGAGGAGUACUACGUCCAGCCGCAGCCCUCCUCCCUAGGCAAGCUCGCUAACGGAGGGGCCCGUGAUCGAGACCUCCUAGAGCGGGUGAGCCAGGCGCCAACUUACCAGGAUGUUAAAGUGGCUCGGACAAUGCCUGUGGCACAGGCGUACCAGGAGAACAUGUACCGCCAGCUUUCCCGUGAUGCCAGACAAGGUCCCACCUCGCCCAUCAAACCAAAGAGACCCUAUGUGGAGUCAAACGUUUAAUAGGUGGGCACAAAGGUAUGUGUGACAGUGAAUGUUUGUGUCAGGUUGUACGUAUGGGACUGUGUAGGUGCAGGAUAUUAAAAGCAGUAUUUCAAUUAAAGAGAAACUGAAUAUUAGACAUACUUUUAAUAAAUUAAAACAAAAAAACAGUGUUACAAAGGUGUGUACAAAUACCUGUGCCUACUUCUGUUGGAAAAAAAAACUAACUUUGUGGUGAACAGGCUCCAAAUAUCCUGACAGCACCCUUUUGGAGUAUUAAAUUACAGUAUGUUAAGGUAAAAUAUGUACUAUAAAGCUCUGCACAUUAUAAGAAAGCACAUUUAAUGACGUUCCACAACAGAGGCCUACACGCAGAGAAAUAGUGUCUUGCCAUCUAAAGCGGAUAUAAAACUGGGAAUCUGUUUUGAACUCAUUCUCUCUCUCUCUUCCCAAUGAAACUAAACAAAUUUGCUAGGCAUUCUGGACAUCAUAUUGUUGGAUUGUUCAAUACUGUAAAAAGGAAAAAAGAAAAACUAAGAUGUAGUUACAGAAGGAAAAGAGGACUAUUUAUUAUUAAGUUAUAUGAUGUAUAGAAAUAUUAAAGCCGUUUUUGUGUCAAGUUUAUUUUUUCAUUUUUGUUUGGGUUUUAUGUCUUUCAUUUUGUAACUAUUGAUUUGAUCUUUUGGAAAUGGUAUCAGAUAUUUUUAAAAUAAUGAUUCAGAGUUUAUGACCGGAGGUACGGUUAUUACCUUAAAAUUCUGGUUCCCAAGCAGAAAUGUUGUUUAUCAAAAUUCACAGUUGUACUGUGGCAAUAAUAUUAGUUUAAUCAAUUUCUUGGGAAUAAGCUUAAUACGAUUUUCAAGUAACCCUCAUUUAGAUUUUGUCUAUUUAAAUUAAAUGAUUUCAGUAAAUUACCAUGUACUGGAGUGGCCGUAUUUCAAGUAGAAGAAUGUAUCGCACCAUAUGAACUCUACAGUAUGUAUACUACGUUUCAGGGGCGUUUGCAAGGUAGUGCUACAAUUUCUUUUCAAUUUCUUUAUUGUUCUAAGAAAUGAAAUAUUGCAUUGUCACAGAGAAGCAUCAGUAUAUCAAAUGAAGUAUGUUUGUUUUAACUUUUAUUCGUAACUUUGGUCUGCACUGACUGUCUGGACAUUUUGAAGAAAGAGAGCACUUUAUUCAUUCGUAAGGAUUGUUUGGAAUGGGAAUAUUGGGGGGAUAAAGAUUUUUUUUGUUUGUUUCUUUGUUUGUUUGAUCUGGGAUAGGACAUCCUUACUAACGAACGUUCAGUGAACACUGGAAAAUAACCUGUGAUUAGUUGUACUACUAGAAAACAAACAAAUAGAAGUCAUUGUCCUUGGUGCAAUUCUAAUUUUUCAAGCAAAUGAAUGAACAAUAAUAUAAAAGAGCAAAAUUAUGUUUUUAAAAAGAUAUAAAAUGUGUAUAUAACAGCCUUUAUAGAGCGCAGUGUACUUGCUGUAUAUAGUGGCCAAAUGUGUUCAUGCAUACAAAAUCCUGCUCUCCUCCGCCAAAUGCAGCGCGAGAAGGUCUUGAUGAGCCUCACGUGUCAAACACAGUUCAGUGGCAUCACACACUACCGAAAUGCAAACCAGCCGUUUUGAAAUAGUGUAUUCGUCGUGUAUAAAAAAUAUAUAAAAAAAAACAAUAUUCAGCUAGUUCCUUCAGAAUGCAAUAUUAUCAACAUGCAGAGCUUAAAUGUGGCUUUGGUCUUCUCAAAAACACAGUAUAUGAACAGAUAUCUAGACAGCUUGUCUUAAAGGCAACCAUAUUCACCUUUCUAUUGCUGUCGGUGUAAACCUGCUUGAAUCGAGAGAUGCCUCAUGGUCAACUUUGGGGGAAAGUGAAAUAAAUACUGCGGGCUCAUCAAGGGCCUCUUUAGAGUGUUGUGGUUUUUCAGUGCAAGUUUUUUUUUUUUUUGCUGUACAUAACCUGACGCAUGAUUUAUCCACCAUUCCCCUCCGAAAUCGACAUACACAGACAUUCGAGAAUCUGCCGUGUGUCUCCAAUAGUGGAACUAAAUAGAAAUAAUGAUCACAACACUCAUCGUUUACCUCUAAAGGUUUUGGCCAUUCUUUUUAUCUUUCAGUUGGAUUUGAGUUGAUUUUAAUGUAUUUGCUUGCUAAGCAGAGUUUCUCGUCUGUAAAUGUGAGCUUUCAGAGCGCUGUGACAACGUUUAAUGACUUCAAUAAACCAGAAUGUGUUUUUAUCA